CAGCAACACAUGCACGCGAGCGGCGAUCGGGGCCACAACAAAACAAUCGCGGCAUUGGCUGGCGAUUUUCAGUCGCAUUUCACUGACCGAGAUGUUCGGAUCGUAGUCUCUGCAGAACUUUGCCAACCCUCUGUGCGUUUUUUGGUAGCGGUUUCGUUUUGAUAGUGUUUUUGUGUCGGCUAUUUGGCGGCUACUGUCCUCAGAAGAAAUUUGGAUAAGUGCCAGUUCGCGGCCGGGCUUCCGUUCGACGGUGGCGUGAUCGUUUGUCACCACCCCCAAUUCCGAAAAGGAAUUCAACUUGAUAAAAUCAUACCCAUAGCUACGGAGCAUACAUAGCUUGGCUACCGCGUUCCCGUGUCUUCUCCGGAGACCAGUGCUUGAUGUUUGCCUAAAGUUGAUGAACUGUGAUCAUAACCAUUGACCAUUCAAUAAUAACGUGGUAGUGAAACGGUUGUGUACAUCAUCCGCUGCAGUCGGAGUUGAAUGAGUAGUGAAAUAGAUGCAAUUUAAUUGUCGUCUUGAAACAGUCUUUCGCUAUCUUUAGAUAGAUUACGGUGCACUCGAGUGCAGUCAUCGGAACCCUUGUACCUACAGCAUGGUUGGAAUUGUGGAAGUCGUGCUGUUUCUUGCCGUGGUGGGAUACUUCUUCAACAAAAGAAGAGGCACAGACAUGGUGGACAUAAUAUCAAAUCGUGUGCAGGAAGCGUACGGAUCCUUCCGCUUACCGGGCAUGUUCGGAUCUACAACCACCCAGACGGUAGAGGGCGGUGGUUUUUCCACCUAUGCAAUGCUCAAGCGCUUUGGUGAGCAGAGGAAACGGAAACGCCAGACCGAUAAAGACAAUGACCGGAAGAUGCGCGAGGAGAGUCUCUACCUGAUGAAGGAUUCGGCAACCCCACACAUAUCGCCCGAAAUAAAGCCGAUACCCGGUUUAGCCUGUCGGUUCUGUUCGCCGAAUGAAAGCCAACCCCAGUUGGAUGCGUCUGACCGUCGCCGUAACGUGAUCGACAUUCUACGCGUGACUACGCAUGCAGGUGAACGAACCAACAGCAGCUCCCUGGACUGGGGUGUCUGGUGUCCCCAUCUGGCACAGGCAGCCCGUGUCGUCAAGUUCGACUAUCCUCAAGUGGCCGGUGCAGUGCUAAGCGAAGACCGGAUAAAGCAAGCGCUGGAAAUUGCAGCUACGGAAUCGGUGAACGAAAAGCGCCAGGAGCUGGGCAACAAUGAGAACGAUGAAUCAUUCGACGAGGAUGCAUUCUACAAUCAAUCUUUGAAAGCUCACGAAAAACGGGCAGGAAAGAUUUUGAUCGGUAUGCGUUCGAAGUUGUCAAAUUUCGUACUGCGUAUCACGUCUUGGGUGCUGUACAAACUGCUACCGUGCUUUAUUUCCGGCGUGGCAGCUCAUCCCGGUCAGAUCGACAUGAUCAAACGAGCGAUUGCGAAUCAUCCGGAUAUUCCGUUGAUCUUUCUGCCGCUGCACCGAUCUCAUCUGGACUACAUCAUGGUCAGUUUUAUUCUGCUAAACAACGACAUCAAGUGUCCUCUGGUUGCCGGAGGAGACAAUCUUCGUAUCCCAGUUUUCGGAAACAUCCUGCGUUAUGAUGGAGCGUUCUUUAUCAAGCGGAAGAUCGAUCCGAUAACCGGUAAGAAGGAUCACGUCUAUCGAUCAGUUCUGCACACGUACAUCCAAAAGUGCUUGACUGCCGGACAUAACGUGGAAUUCUUCAUAGAAGGAGGUCGUACCCGAACCGGAAAACCCUGUAUGCCAAAGAGCGGUAUUUUAUCAGUGAUCGUGGAUGCUCUACACGACGAAACCAUCGCGGAUGCUUUGCUGGUUCCGGUUUCCAUCAACUAUGAAAAACUAGUCGACGGAAAUUUCGUACGAGAACAGCUAGGCCAGAGGAAGGUACCGGAAAGUUUCACAUCCGCUGCUUCCGCAAUCAUGAAAGUCCUCAAAUCCGGCUACGGUUUAAUGCGCAUCGAUUUCAAUGAACCAUUCUCGCUUACACAGCUAGUGAAAUCACUGCGUAAAUCGGAAAUCGUUGCAACUCCCACGUUGGAAAUGAGACGCCUUCAGCAUAAACCGUCUACCUCUUCGCUCUACGGUACCGACGUCGUUCUGGAAGAACAGGAACAGCGAACACUAGUCGACAGCAUCGCACGUCACGUUGUGUAUGACUGUGCCAAGGCCACCUCCGUGAUGACUACCAAUGCGUUGGCUUUCUUACUUUUGAAUCGUUUCCGCGAUGGGGCACCGCUUUCCAUACUUUCGGAAGCACUAGACGAACUGCGAAACAUUCUGGAUUCCUCCAGUCGCGAUCUGGGAUUCACCGGAAAGUCCGAAGACGUCGUGAAAUAUGCAGCAGAUCUGCUUGGUCCUGGUCUUGUGACAAAGGAAAAACGUGGCACUCAGAUGUUCAUCAAACCGGUCACCAUGAUUCCGAACGUGAUCGAACUGUCAUACUACUCGAACAGUUUGAUACCACACUUUGUCAUUGAUUCGAUCGUGAUCACUUGCGCUACCCUUCUAAAACGGGAAGCAGAGCGACGACAGCAGGAAUUGAAACUAUCCACCGACGAUGUCAGUAUUGGCCGGUCGCAGCUGUUUCAUAAUUGUUUGGAAUUCUGCGAUCUAUUGAUGUACGAAUUUAUUCUUUGUAAACCGUGCCAAAAUCUGGAGACAGUUCUUCAGGAUUGCUUUGACAAGCUGUGUAUUCGGGAACUGCUGGCUCAACCACAGGUUGAAUAUACAGAGGAACAGCAACAUGCCCGCCGAAUAGCCGCCCGUCUGGAGAUGGAAGACUUGGAUGAUGGGGUCAGCAGUGAGGAUGAUUAUUUCGGUGAAAACGAGGCCGAACAGGACGAUGAAGUCAGAGUGUUCCUACCAGCGGAGAAGCAUUGCGAUCGGAUAGUGCUGCAAUCGGUGCUGGCACCGUUCACCAGUACCUACGCGGCCGUAGCAUUCUGUCUGCAAAAGCUAGUCGAUGCCAAUUCCAUGGUUGAAGGUGAAUUCAUACAACUGUGCAUUAAGGAACUAAACAGCCGUGUUGAACAGGGAACAUGUAAAUACGGUGAAAGCAUAUCAACCGAUUCGGUGCGAAGUUGUCUGAAGGUACUGGAGAAACGUUCGUGCAUCGAAAUAAGCAACUGUAGCGGUACCCGAACGGUAUCGCUGACGCCCGUGUACGAUUCCACGACGGAAGUGCAGAGCAUCAUCCGGUCGAUGGAGAAAUUUGUUCCAGUUUAGCUGCUAUCAGCCGGCAGGUUAGACGCAACUUAUUCCUAGAGACCGAGAGACUGUUGUACGUAAGUAACAAAGUUAGAGCGGGACUGACAGUGCACCGGAGGAAGUGACAUUAUGCAUAUGAAAGAACAGAGUGAUAUUCAGGUAACCCGAUCUGUGUAGCUAGUGAUGACUUGAGAUGAGCAUUUGUUUUACCAAUAAUUUAACAUUGCAAAAUAACAGAAGACAGUAGACAAACACGAACGCCCAGUCGACGCUAAGUAAUUGUAGCAAAUCCAGGUUGAAUUUUUGUAGAUUAUAGCUUGUUUUAUGCGAAGCAACAUUUUUUUUUAUGAAUAGUCCUCCUUUUUAAAGAGGAAAACGCGCAAUAAACGCACACAGUUAAACUUAGUGAUACAUGAAGAA